AUGUUCGGACAAAUAGUGAUAGGGCCCCCAGGAUCGGGGAAGUCCACAUACUGUUAUGGUAUGUACCAGUUUAUGUCUGCAAUAGGCAGAAAACUGUGUAUCAUUAAUCUUGAUCCGGCAAAUGACCGAUUACCCUAUCCAGAUUGUGCCCUUGACAUAAGAGACUUCGUUACUAUAGAGGAAAUUAUGGAAGAGUUGAACUUAGGACCCAACGGUGGUCUUAUGUAUGCUUUGGAGAGUCUUGAUGAGACGGGCAUUAACUCUUUUAUUCAGAAAGUGAACCAAUUAGUGAAAGAACAAAAUUAUCUCAUAUUUGAUUGUCCUGGACAAGUAGAGCUCUUCACACAUCAUAACUCCUUGUACAAAAUUUUUAAAAGCUUGGUUAAAGCAGAUCAUCUUCGUUUGUGUGUCGUCUCCUUGGUUGAUUCCAUAUACCUAACAAGUCCAUCGCAAUAUGUGUCGAUUUUGCUUCUAAGUUUGAGAUCCAUGCUUCAAUUAGAUUUACCACAUGUGAAUGUAAUCUCCAAGAUUGACUUAUUGAGAAAUUAUGGUGAGCUACCUUUCAGACUUGAUUAUUACACUGAAGUUCAAGACUUGGCGUACCUUUCACCUCAUUUAGAGAAGGAGUCGAAUUCUAUCUUGGGAAAGAACUAUGUACGGCUCACUGAACUCAUUGCAGAAUUAGUGGAAGAUUUCAAUCUUGUUUCCUUUGAAGUGUUGGCAGUGGAAAACAAACAGAGCAUGAUUAACAUUUUGAGCGUCAUAGAUAAAGCGAAUGGUUACAGCUUUGGGAGUGAAAUUGGAGGUGAUUCUAUAUGGAGUGAAGCUACAAGGUUAGGUGGAAACUCGGAGUUCAUGGAAAUAGAUAUUCACGAGAGAUGGAUUGAGCAUAAAGAUGAGUACGAUGCGAUAGAGAGCAAAAAGGGUGAAACCGAAGACAAAGAUGCAUCAUUGCCGCUCAAUGAAGAUGAGGAAUGGGAACUUGCAUUAAAAGACUGGGAGUCAAAAAGAGGUGGUGAUGGCACACUACUUAGGUAA